AUGGCCAACAACCCCACCCCCCAGACGUGUCAACUUUCUGAUGUCCAACAAUUCGAGAACAAACUUGUUGCAUUCUCAAACUUCAAGCUCCUCAUAAAUGUUCUCCAAAAUGUCGAUAUUUAUGAAGAUAAUAGCAAUAAUAAUAAUAAUAACAUCAACAACAACAUCAACAUCAACAACAACAUCAACAUCAACAACAACAUCAACAUCAACAACAACAUCAACAUCAACAACAACAUCAACAUCAACAACAACAUCAACAUCAACAACAACAUCAACAUCAACAACAACAUCAACAUCAACAACAACAUCAACAUCAACAACAACUUCAACAACAACUUCAACAACAACAUCAACAAUAAUAACAACAUCAUUAAUAACAGCAACAUCAUCAACAACAAUAACAUUGGAGCUGGGAUGUCUCUGCGUUUGAACACGGCCCCUGCUACAACAGUGCCAGGCACCUUAAACCACUACACUAUCGUCAAGUUCACGUAG